CCACCACCUCUUGCCUACGCCACUCCGCACGUAUGCCAUCUCUCGCGCAAGUCGUGAAGCUUAACGCAACCCUCGCGCCCAAGUCUACCCCUGUCGCCCUCUUCGUCGGCGGAACAAGCGGGAUCGGUCAGGGCACCGUGGAGGCGUUCGCCCGGCACACCCACGGAAACGCGCAUAUACUCAUCUGCGGGCGUAACAAAGAAGCCGCGGAGAAGAUAUUCGCCAAGUUCCCGAAACCGACCUCUCCAGAUGCGAAACGGGAGUUCGUGCAAUGCGACGUGACGCUGAUGAAGAACGUCCAUUCUGUCACUCAAGACCUGGUCUCGCGUCUCCCAAAGCUGAACUACCUCGUCAUCACCACCGGGAUCUUCUCCCUCAAUGGCCUGGACGAAACGCCGGAAGGGAUAGAUAGAAAGCUUGCUGUGCAUUACUACUCUCGAUGGAAAAUCACGAAUGAGCUGCUGCCGCUCUUGAGAAAGGCUAGAGAUGCAGGCGAGGACGCCAAGGCUCUUUCCGUCCUUGAUCCAAUCACCGGCGCCAAAAUCGAUUGGGACGACCUGGGGCUCAAGAAGAACUUCACGCUCGCCAACGCCGCCAACUACGCGCGUGUUGCCAAUGACCUCAUGGUCCAGUCGUUCGCCGAACAGCCGGACAACCAAGGCAUCGUGUUCACUCACUCGGGCCCCGGCGCCGUUCGCACCUCCAUCUUGAAAAACAGCAACCUGCACCCGCUCCUGCGUGCGGCCAACCCGCUGCUCGCUGCGCUCGUAUACCCCUUCUCCAAUUCGCAGGAGGACUGUGGCGAGUUCAUGCUCCGCUCGCUCCUCGCUGGGACGCCCGCCGAACGGGGUUGGUACCGCCGCAAUGCCAAGGCUGAGGAAGUGACGAGCGAAGGCUACGCGACGGAUAAGGAGUUCCGGGACAAGCUAUGGAAACAUACUGCGGAAGUGACCAACGUCCCGGCGUAGGAGAUUGUGUUUCUGCCCGCUCAGCGAUACCAAC